GCCGGGGGAGCGGUUGUUCGCGCCUGGCCACGUUCGAGGUCCGUGCUUUCCGUCCUCCGACAGGGCCAUUCCUAAGGCGGCCACCUUCUUCAGGGCCUGAACGCCCCCUGAUCAGGCCGUGUGGCAGAACCCAGCGGGUCCUGGGCGCUCGGCCUGAGGCUGUCAUCUGGGAGCAAUGAGUUUAAAACCCUUCACCUACCCAUUUCCAGAGACCAGAUUUCUUCAUGUGGGUCCCAGUGUGUAUAAAUUCAAAAUCAGAUAUGGAAACAGUAUCAGAGGCGCAGUGACAGACGACAAGGACAGCAUCCCUCAGGAGCUGGAGGAUUCUAUCCGUGUGGUCCUGGGAAACAUGGACAACCUGCAGCCUUUUGCUACAGAACACUUCAUUGUAUUUCCCUACAAAAGCAAGUGGGAAAGAGUUUCCCACCUGAAAUUCAAGCAUGGGGAAACCGUGCUUAUCCCUUACCCAUUUGUUUUCACACUCUACUUGGAGAUGAAGCAGUUUCAUGAACACCUGUCACCUGGGAGAGCAGGACAGGACAGUUCUCCUGGGACGGUCCUCACUGAAAAGACAUCACCAGUAGCCGCGAUAAGGAAACGGAAAUGCAUGGAGGAGCCCAGCGGCAGCCCCAGCCCAGGGCUGGCCAGACCCAAGAUGGGGACUUUGGGUCCCAGCCUCAGCAGAAAGAAGCCCCCUGUGGCAAUCAGAAGGAACAGGGAAAGAAAAACUCAGCAGGAGUGGCAGGAGACCUUGCCCGUUGACUCCACUCAUAUCCAGGAAGAGGAUUCCAAGUGGGGACACAGUCCUGCAGAACCAGGUGUCACCCCACUGCAGCAGAACAACCUACCUCCCCCCAAGGAGACAGGCAGCAGGGGCUUCUUUGAGUUUCUAAGCUCUCUCUUCCCGUUCCAGUACUUCUUCAGGAGGAACAGCCAGUGAACCCCCCAAAGUGGCUGUGCCAGGAGGACCGCCUGGCACAGCACCACCUGCUCCGUGUCCUCAGCCUGUGUGGCCUCAACUUUGGGCAGAGCAGAGCCCCAACUGGCUGACACCCGUCCCCAGGAGGGUUCUCCUGUCCUCUGCCACCUUAUAGCUGAAUGUUUUUGUCCCAAUUUAAUUUUUUCAACUAAAAAAAA